CUGGUUUCCGAUGCGACACCAAUUUGGCCGAUUGCUACACUGGUUUCCGAUGCGACACCAAUUUGGCCGAUUGGUUUCCGAGCAGUUAUUUUGUUAUCUCUGAUUCUUUGUUAUUUUAUUGUGAUUUUAUUUUGAUUUUGUUGUAAUUUUGCUGUGAUUUUCGGAAAAUGAACCAAACAUACCAAGAUAAUUUUCUGGAAUGCAUAGACGUGGAGGAGUUUUAAAUGGAGUUGCUCAAUCUACCCAUACCACAGGAUCAACACCUCACGUAAAAGUUGCAGCUCAACUUGAAGGACUAUUGGGUCAUUAUCCAUCAUAUUAUGAACUGUUCAAGCAUACACAUACAAAACAACAUGAUGGGCAAACAUUCAUAGUUGAAAAGGCCAAACAAAUUCAUGAACAAGUUGAAUCACAAAGGGAGUUGUUGACACAAAAUGGGGAGCAAGUGGAUGAUAAUCAGUUAUACUAUGAUGCGGUUGGUGGACAUGACAAGAAAAGAAGAAUUUAUGGACUUGGUUCAUAUGGAUGUUCUGUUGUUAAUGGUCAAUCUAGUGAUAACACUUCCUGCAAUAUGACUCCAACAUUUCAACCACCCGACAAUGCUACUUCUACAAAUGUACAAGAUGAAAUUCAGAGUUUGAAGGCUACUAUUCUCGUUAUGCAACAACGACUUGAUGCUAUUGAUCUGAUGGCGGGAGAGCGGGUACUUCAUCAUCACCUCCAUCUCAAACCAAUUGAUUUCCAUGUGAAUAAGAGGUUAUAUGAAGAUAGGAUUGAAGAUGGUGUAGUGGUUGAAAAAGUUGUUCGAACUAUGCCGAUGAAGUAUGACUAUGUGGUGGCUUCAAUAACAGAGUCACACAAAACAGAGCUCUUAUCAGUUGCAGAGCUAAAAUGUAUGAUAGAAAGUCAUAUUGACAAGAUUGAGUCAAAAUCAGAACCACUAGCAGAAGAAGCUUUGAAGAGCCAAGUCACCCUUAAUAUGACUGGCACUAAUCAAAGAGAUGGAGGAUCUGGUAGAGGUCGUGGAAGAGGAAGAUGA